UUGCAGUCAUCCAACUCACUGAAAGCAUCUUAUGAAGACUGGCUGCUGACAUACGGCUUGAGCGUCUCUCCUUUCCACAUGAGGUGGCAAACAGCUCUCUUCAACCGCCAGUUCUACAACUGGGGGAGAUGGAAACCCAGAUUUCUCUAUUUGUGGUUCAGCAUAGGAAUGGUGUUUGGUAUAGUUGCCAUGUUUGGCUCUGUUAUCCUUCUCGGAAAGACACUGAUGCAGACACUGACACAGAUGCUCACCGAGGCACCGAAAGCUCAGAAUGAUCGUAUGCUGCAAGUUGUGGUGCCUGGUGUAAAUUUGCCUGUCAGCCAGCUGACCUAUUUCUUCUCUGCAAUCCUCAUCAGUGGUGUGAUACAUGAAAUCGGCCAUGGGGUGGCAGCUAUUCGAGAACAAGUACGAUUUAAUGGAUUUGGGAUUUUUAUCUUCAUUGUCUAUCCUGGAGCAUUUGUUGACCUCUUCACAACCCACUUGCAACUGAUAUCUCCAGUCCAGCAAUUAAGGAUAUUUUGUGCAG